CUCAUAUAUUCGACUGGCGGAAUCAAGUCUCAGCUAUAAAAUCGUGAUCGCGAUUGAACAUAUCUUAAUCUCCUACUCAUAAGUCCACAAUCCCAUUCCUAAGUUUCAGUGAAUCACCCUUCGUGUCGUCCAUAUUUUCGCCAAUAAAAACCAACUACCUCACUAUCAUGAACUCAUCAACCCAGUACCAAUCUCUUCCCACCCACUAUGAAGACGAACAGGAUGUACGUGUUAGAAAUCCACCACUUGCAACCUAUAGAAAAAAGCGAAGCGGAGCCAAAUGCGUUAGAAUUAUGCAAGCAGUCCCGCUCUUUUUCACAGCUUCGUGUGCUGGCUGGUUGGUGUAUCAGUACUUCGAUACAACCAUUUUCACCGCAGACCUAGAAACUCCUAUAGCUGCAUCCUCCAAUAUUUCUCACCACGCUUCGUCUGUGGCUUUGGGCGACCAUGUUAAACCUACUUCAUAUGUCGCGAACGAUACUACUACGGAAACUGUGGAUCAAAGCGAGCCCUCUGCACUUUCGAACAUGACCCUCACCUCCGACAAGGGCGACGAAAAGCCGUCGGGAAAUGAACCACUCAGCCUCAAGCCUGUUUUACCUAACCCUAAUCUUUUUGGCAACUUCCUUGACGAGCUUCAACCAGCGCACCAAUCUCGAUACGUUACAGCAAUUCCUUUGGGAGGUAUCAACAAUCAAAUGACUGGAACAUACAAUUUGAUCAAUCUGGGACGAAUCUCUUCACGAACAGUCAUUCUUCCGCCUAUCAUCCCAAAUGAACAUCAACCUGGUCCAAUCAAAGGACAAUCAUACUCUCGGUACUAUGAUUUACCUAGAAUGUCAACGGAAACAGGAAUUGAAAUGAUCGAAUGGAAUGCGAUUCGUAAGGACGUCCCGGAGACUGACACCGGCGCAUAUGAAUGGGCUAAGAAAGAUUGGAAGCUUGCUAGUAAUCCAUUGAAGUGCUGGGUUGCAUCAAGGAUGGGUGGCCCGAAGGAAGACGGUGGUCGAUCGAUUUCUGAGCGCUUUGGACGUGGAUUGAUGUUGGACAUUCACCCAGAAUAUGCGCCUGGAGAUCGCAAGAAAGGGUCUUGGAGAUCGAUGACUGCUGCGGUUCAAUAUCUUAACACCAAUCAAAGUACUUUUUCGCAAGGCUCAGUCACCAAGGACGUGGGUUGUAUCACCGAAAGCUAUUGGUUGGACAGUCCUCACAGCUUCAAAGACGCUCAAGCAUUGAUCAAGUCUUUACGUUUCACGACCUGGCUAGAAGCCACAGUGGACGACAUGAUCGCUCAAACACUUGGCACAAGUGUCAUAGAAGUCAUGAACGGAAAAGCUGAAUUCAUCACUGUUCAUCUUCGUCGAAAUGAUAUCGCAUCCAAAUGUCAACCUGCGCCCAAGAAUUGGAAAGAACUCGCCCCAAAAGAUCACAAUCCUCAGCAUCGUAAACGUCUGGAUCUUGCUUCUGACGAACCUUUGCUCAUUGAUGAUGGAAUGCAGUUAAUGAAGCGUAAAGCAGAAUGGACUAGCUGCCGAUUCACUGAUUCAUAUGUAAUCUCAAGGGUCAACGCAGUUCGAAAAUCACUGGGAAAGCCUGAUAUUCCGGUCAUAUUAACUACCGACGAUAUCAAUUCUCAUUCAUUGGCACUCUUUGACUCUCAACCUAAUUGGCAUAGAUUCCAACUUGAUCAAUUUGUGUCGCAUGAGUCAUAUGAUGGAUUUGAUAGCGUGAUGAUUGAUGCAUGUCUUUUGACUCGAGGUUCUGCUUUCCUUGGAACUCGAGUCAGUAUGAUGAGUCGACUUGCAUCUCAUCGUGGAAAGGCUUGGUAUUCGAGACGUUCAGAGAUGUUUUGAAUAAAUCCUUCCUCUUUAUGUCAACCUAGAUAUGAAAUAUGUAGUUGCGAAAAAAAUAUGAUCUGUUUUCCUUUCUAUCUCACAAAUCCAAAAAAGUUGAUAAUAGUAUGGGUUCACUUCAAAGAAUUGUCUCACGUAAAUCCCAUCUAUUCCGUGGUCUGUCAAAAACCCAAGACAAACAUUGUAUCUCCUAUAGUUACAUUUUUCAACGAUUUUCCUCCUUUUGCAUUGCAAUCAGCAUACUGAAAAUGAAUCAUUAUGUGCGUGUACUCAUAACGCAAGCCCACUCAUCUAUAUGGAAAUUCAGCUCAAGAUAAAAGCGGAACCAGGGAAAAUGAUACAUCUGAUUUGAGCCACAAU